CACUGAUGCGCACUGAUAGGCGGCACUGAUGCGCACUGAUAGGUGGCACUCACUGAUGGGCGACAUUGAAAGGCAGCUCAGAUGGGCACUGAUAUGUGGCAUUGAUGUGCACUGGUAUGCACUGAUAUGUGGCAUUGAUGUGGCACUGAUGGGCACUGGCACGUGGCACUGAUGAGAACUGACAGGUGGCACUUCUGGGGCCACACUGAUCCAUCAGGCCACACUGAUCAUCACUGUCAGCGUAACAGCUCGAGAGGAGAGAAAUGCCGAUAACAGGCAUUUCCGUGUUUACAGGUGAGCAGCUGUGAUUGG